CCAGUGGCCGGGUACCAAGCACGUCGACACCGUGCGAGACUACUUCGGGGAGGAGUAUGGUUUCUUCUUUCACUGGCUCAACUUCUUCACCCGCUACCUGGUAGCAGCAGGCUGCGUCGGCGGUAUCGUGUUCAUCAUCGAGAGCUUCAUCCUGCCCGAAGACGAUGAAGAUUUUGAUCCCAGUAAUGAUCCGCGUUUUCAAGCCGACAACUUCUUCGUGUGGCCACAUGGGAACUAUAUGCGGUCGUACCUACGGCUGCUUUUCACCUUGUUCAUGUGCUUGUGGGGUGCGGUGUAUACCAAGCACUACCAGCAACGCUCGAACUUUAAGAUCAUGGAAUGGGGUAUGAAAGACUACGCCAUCGCUGCGAAGGUGCGGACGAAGUACGACCCGACGUACCGAGGGAGCUACAUGGAUCAGAUGCAGCGCGCGGCCCACUGGAUUCUGGUGGUGUUCUUCAUCGCGGAGACGAUCAUCAUAGUGUUUCUGGUCAGCAACUGGCAGGUGUACCUCUCCGCGAACAAGGACGAGCCCGUGUUGUUCGGCCUGAUGACGGGCGCGGGCCGCAGCUCGCUCGUGCUCUCAUGUUCGGACGGCUCAGACGCCU